AUGCCUGGCUCCAACAACGACGAGUACUCGGUGCACCUCUGCACCUCGGCCGCCCAGCUGCGACAGGCCCACCGCGUCCGCUGCGAGGUCUUUGUCACCGAGCAGGGCUACGGCCUCGAAGAGGAGGUCGACCAGUACGACCCGGUCUCGGCCCACUUUGUUCUCGUGCACAAGGGCGACCCCAGCAACGCGGUCGGCGUCGUCCGGCUGGUACCUUACCCCCUGCCCAUCCCCAAGCAGGAUCCCGACGGUGUCGAGCCCAACUCCAAGGACUUUCCUCUGGGAGGAAGCCAGAGCGAGUCGUCGACCGCAUCGCAUUUUGUCUCUGCCGUCUUUGGAACCAACUCGUCACAAAGGGACGCCGCCCACGACCCGACCCUGACCGAUGCGGAGGAGAAGCGGACCGAGGACCUGAUCCCCAACCUCGGAGGCGCAAAGCUCGGCCGUCUAGCCGUGCUCAAGGAGGCGCGCGGUAAGGGGCUGGCCCAGCGCCUGGUCAGGGAGGCCGAGGCUUGGCUGAUCAAUGUCAUCGCGCACCACACCGGCGAGAGGGAGGGCGCCUUCGGCCCGCCCGACCACGACAACCAGACAAAGGGCGACUCGCUCGGCAAACAUCAGAAGGUGCAGAGCAUCCUGAUCAAGAUCAGCAGCCAGGAGUACAUCCAGCAGCUCUACAAGAAGAUGGAAUACUCUGCUGUCGGCGACGUCUACCUCGAAGAAGGGCAGCCGCACGUCUUGAUGUACAAGGAGCUGGUGCUCAACGCCAAGAGCCCGUAG